AUGGGUUCUUCUGACGACCUCCCGGGUAUGCGCUUAACUCUGUUUUAUUGUGAUCGGCUGGACAUUAGAAUUGAUUUCCGCUUAACGAAGUUACAAUGUAUAUUUCAGUACUACACAACGGAGGGCAUCCCAACACGACAGUUGGACAACAAUGUAUGUGCGGUGUGUGGCAACAAGCUGCUAGUUGAUAUCAAUGAGGAAGGCAUACUCGAGAACACAUACAAGCUGCCGUGUGGACACGUGUUCCAUGAGUUCUGCAUCCGCGGCUGGUGCAUCGUGGGCAAGAAGCAGACCUGCCCCUACUGCAAGGAGAAGGUGGACCUUCGACGCAUGUUCACCAACCCCUGGGAUCGCCCCCACAUCCUGUACGGACAGCUACUGGACUGGAUCAGGUGGCUGGUGGCAUGGCAGCCGCUCAUCCUUUUCUUGGCUCAGGGCAUCAACUGGCUCUUUGGACUUGAAUGAUUACAAGAAACAUAGUGACAAUAUUGUGUCGUGACAGUGUGUGGAUAGAAUCGUUAAUUGGUUACUAUACAUAGUGAA